UAUCAGCUUGCAGGCUAUAUAAAGCACUCACCUGCCUGCAGAGGAUUUUCAUUCGAGGUACAAACAACUGAAGACAGUCAAGAUGAAAAUUUAUGAAUUGGGAUUCAAGGAGGGGCAGGAGUUGAAGAUCUCCAUCAAGCUCAGUGAUGACUGCACUACCUUUGCUGUCAACAUUGGCCUUGAUUCUGACAACAUCGCGUUGCACUUCAACCCUCGCUUUGACUACUUAGGAUACACCAACACCAUUGUGUGCAACUCCUUGUCCGGGGAAUCCUGGGGUGAGGAGCAACAUGAGGAAAAAUUUCCCUUCUCAUGUGGGGAGGAAUGCAAGUUGAACUUCAGCUUCAGCAAUGAGAUGUUUAACAUCACACUUCCUGAUGGAAGCAUGAUGAACUUCCCCAAUCGUCCGGGAGAGCUUAAGUUUGAAUACUUAAACAUCUAUGGUGCAGAGGUCAAAGGACUCGAGAUGGUGUAGGAGCUGGCCUAAUUUGGCCAGAAAUGGGUCCACUUUGUGCUUGUUGCUGAAAUGGUCUGUUUUACAUUACUGAGCCCAGGCUUUAUAAUUCAUCUUUUGUCUUACUGAAAAAUAUAACUAGAAGUGUAAACUGAGAGGUUGCUGAUGUUGUAAUAAGAAUAAACGGCCUGAAGAUGGAGCCACACUUCUUAUUUCACUGUGCAAGUUUAAUGUGUAUCUUCAUAAACGCUUUUUUCUGUUUUCUUGUUCCACAAAAACUGUGACUUUCAUCAUAAUAAAUCUAAGUUCAUUAUAACCUAA